GACUUUCUGUUUUGUUGUCUUCUCCUUUCAUCCUCUCUAGAAAAGUGUCCGCUCCGUCUCCGAAGAACAACACCCCCACUUGCAAACCCAACUGCUCGAAAUCCUGAGGAUGUUCUCUCUUCAUCUCCUCUCUUCAGUACCAUCGUUUGACAACCCUUCUCUUCAAUGUAUGCGCCUCUCAAAACCCAAUAACACUUCUAGCUUCCCAAUUCUCAAUCUUCAUUCAAUCGCCAUUUCCCCAAAAUUCGCACAGACCCCCUUCGCCAAUCGUUCUAUUUUCCCGAAAGUAACUCGCAGCAAAUUGUCUAUUCAAUCCGGAAGCAGUAGUGGCGGCGGCGAUGGAGCUGGAGGCGGCGAUGAAAGUGAGGAUAGUGGGAAGGUGGAGACGCAAAAGGGUUCUUCUGGGUUUCUGGCAGAACGGUUGAAUUUGAGUUCGGACGACGCCAAAACAGUGUUUGCAGCCAUAGCAAUAUCUCUUGCUUUCAGGACGUUUAUUGCAGAACCGAGGUACAUUCCCUCGCUAUCAAUGUAUCCUACAUUUGAUGUUGGGGAUCGACUUGUAGCAGAGAAGGUCACAUACUACUUUAGAAACCCUUGCGCUAAUGAUAUAGUGAUAUUCAAAAGUCCACCAGUGCUUCAGAAAGUAGGAUAUACAGAUGCAGAUGUCUUCAUUAAAAGAGUUGUUGCUAAAGAAGGUGACACUGUGGAGGUCCGGAAGGGAAAACUUGUCGUAAACGGGGUCGAAAGAAACGAAAAAUUCAUCCUUGAACCACCAUCAUAUGACAUGACUCCAGUUCGAGUGCCCGAAAACUCGGUCUUUGUGAUGGGCGAUAAUCGCAAUAACAGCUAUGAUUCUCAUGUGUGGGGUCCGCUGCCGGCCAAAAAUAUAAUAGGAAGAUCAUUAUUCCGCUAUUGGCCUCCAAACAGAAUCGGUGGAACAGUUUCUGAGCCCAGCUGUGCUGUUGAUAAGCAACAGGGCAUUCCUUCCACACCAGAAAUUUCCAGCCUACAGACCACAAACUCUCAACCAUAACAGAUGAUAGGUAGAACAUAAACUGAAACGUUCUGGAGCUACAAGAUAACUGAUGAAGGAUUCCUCGAAAACUCCUGUAAGUUCAGCUUGUCGCUCUGCAAAUGCCUUACUGUCGCUAUUCGUUCCCUUGUAAUUUGAAAGCGUUUCUUUGGUUUGAGGAACUGGCCAUUUUGUGUUAGGCUGUAUUGAUUCUUGGUCUUAGUUUGUGCAAGUUAGUAGAUGACUCUAUACAAUCAGAAUCUUUAAUAUAAACUGAUGCUCUGUUGUUGUAUGGAGAGUACUUAGCAAAGCAAUAGUAUGUACCAUAAACUGA